ACAAUUCCAAUAUUUGACUUUAUUGUCUUUCUUAAUCAAAUUUUAUGAUUGAAUUGAAUAUAAUUCUUACACUCAUUGCAUAUAUUUAAAAAGUCAUACUAAAUAUUUAUUUUGAUUUUCUGCACGAUCGGUAUUUCAGAACUUUCAAUAUAAAAUAGUAUGAGAAGAUAACUCUAUUCUCUAUAUCAUUUGUGUACAUAGUACUAUAUGCAUUGCAUGUUAAUAUAGGAAUUAUAAUAUAGGAAUAAAAAUUCCUAUUUCUAAUAAAUGCAAAAAAAUGGGGCAAAAACGUAAGAAUCGAAAAGAAGAUUUUGAAUAUGAUCCAGCUCCGAAACAUCUUCAUAUCGCUCAUAUUAAAAAUCAAGAGAAACGUUUAAUUGUUAUUUUAGAAAAAGCUCAAUUAGAAUCUGUUAAGGUUGGAAAUAGUUUUGAAUUAUUGAAUUGUGAUGAUCACAUUAAUAUAUUAAAAAAAAAUAAUAAAGAUCCUGGUACAUGUCGACCAGAUAUUACUCAUCAAUGUCUAUUAAUGUUAAUGGAUAGUCCAUUGAAUAGAGCUGGACUUUUACAAGUUUAUAUACAUACAGAAAAAAAUGUAUUAAUAGAAAUAAAUCCACAAACCAGGAUACCAAGAACAUUUAAACGUUUUGCUGGCCUUAUGGUACAAUUAUUACAUAAAUUUAAUGUUCGUGCAUCUGAUGGUCCAAUGAAAUUAUUAAAAGUAAUUAAAAAUCCAAUUACUGAUCAUUUACCUGUUGGGUGUCGUAAAAUUGCAAUGUCAUUUAAUGCAAAUAAAGUACAAAAUCCACGAGAAUUAGUUCCUUCUGAUGAACCAAUUGCUAUUGUAAUAGGUGCAAUGGCACAUGGACAGGUAAAGUCAGAUUAUAUAGAAGAUACUAUAUCUAUAAGUAAUUAUCCUUUAUCUGGCGCUUUAACAUGUAGCAAAUUAUGCACAGCAUUCGAAGAAGUGUGGAAAAUAAUAUAAUAUCAAGUCGAUAUUAUAUUACUUAUGAGUAAUUUAAUUUUCAAGAUUUUUCAUUAUUUUUUGUAUUUUAUAUAAUUUUUGUUUUAUUAUGAUUAAAAAUAAAAAGAAAAAGAAAUUAUAUAAAAAUAUGAAUAAAAAUAUUUUAUAAAUUUUA